AUGCAGGGACAAACAGAGAUGUACCUUCUGAGUGCUAAGGUUACCCGAAUUUGUUCUCUACUCAAGAAUAAUGUUAUCACAGUCGAGGACUAUGCGCGUUCUCCUUUGCAUCGUAUCGACCAGAGGAAUGAUAUUGUAAAAGCAUGGGCAUAUCCGGUACACACUGCCGGGUUAAGACAAGCACGAGCGCUAGACAGAGUUCCUCCCGCACAACGGGGUCCACUCCACGGUCUCGCAAUUGCGAUCAAAGAUUCCAUUAACACCAAAGUUGGGUGGUUCAAAUCCCCUUCGCCAAGCUCCUGUGUAUUAACAUGUAAAACCACCACACCAGAACUCACCUGGCUUAACAGCGGUUCCCAAACUACCAAUCCCCGCGAUGUAAAUCGCACUCCAGGCGGAUCAUCCACAGGCUCAGCAGCAGCAGUCGCCGAUGUUCAAGUCCCUCUCAGUAUUGGGACCCAAACGGGUGGAAGUCUUAUCUGUCCAGCAUCAUACACCAGUAUUUUUGCCAUGAAACCAACAUACAAUGCGAUUUCUCUCGAAGGCCAAAAGACCUGCUCAAUCUCUCUCGAUACACCCGACACACACCCUCACAAGAUCAUACCCUUGAAAGAAACCCGAAUAGCCUUCAUGGAAACUCCAAUGUGGGAUCAAGCCGGUCCCGGCACUAUCACCGCUAUGAAUACCACCUUCAGCAUUCUCCACAAGCACGGUAUCAAAAUUGACCACGUCUCUUUUCCUCCAGAAUACCGCAAUUCCAAAAUCCUCACCCAGAACUUCACCACCAUCUACGAAACCGAUGCGCAAUCAUCCUUCGGACAAGAAUACAACAUAGAUAAAACAAAACUCCACCCCGAAAUCCGCGCUCUCGUUGAAACCACAUCCCACACUCCACAAGAAUACUCCCAAGCUCUCAAGUACUUCGUCCAUAUCCGUAAAAUUCUCACUUCUUCCAUCUUCUCCCAAUACGACGCAAUUCUCGCCCUCAGCGUCCAGAUGAAGCCCCUCUCGGUCUGCACGAUAUGGGAAGUUCGGUAUUCAAUUUCUUCUGGACAGUGCGUAUAUCUCAUCUUUCCUCCUUACAAUCAUCCCCCUCCCCAUCCGCAUCCGCAUCUUAUUACAUCAACAAACUCUAAACCUCACACUCUCCAACCCGCAAAAAUAAACCCACACGCCCGCCCUCACUAUCCCCGCACUUCCCAACAAUAUGCCAUCGGUCUCUCACUCAUCGCAGCUCCAUUUUGCGAUCAGAAUCUUUUAUAUCUCGCUAAAUGUAUUGCGGAACCGCUUAUGAGUGAGGGGGGUUGGGAGAUAGAUGUACCUGUUUAUAGAGAGAGAGAGGGUUGGGUUGAUUGA